UCCUAUUUUUUUUUUAGUUCUUAGCUUUGUAGAAUAAUUCUAUUGAUUAUGGGUUCAUAUAUGGAAGGUCCACUAAGCAAGUGGACAAAUGUAAUGAAAGGAUGGCAAUAUCGUUGGUUUGUAUUAGAUGACAAUGCUGGUCUGCUUUCUUAUUACACGUCGCGUGAAAAGAUGAUGCGAGGAUCAAGAAGAGGUUGUGUUCGACUAUGUUCAGCUAUUAUUGGUAUUGAUGACGAGGAUGAUUCAACUUUUACAAUCACUGUUGAUCAAAAAAUUUUUCAUUUUCAAGCUAGAGAUAGAGAAGAGAGAGAACAGUGGGUAUCUUCGUUGGAGGAUACAAUCACCAGACACAGUAAAAGACUUCAUGAUGUGCAGUCAUCUUCUGGUGCUUUAGAAGAUUUUGAUAAAAAGCUUGCAGAGGCGGAUGCUUACAUGAAAAUAUUAAUUAAAAAAGCAAAAGCUUUUGAAAGAAAAUUAAAUAUGACUGAAAACCCGGAGGAAAGACAGAAAUAUGAAGGAAUGCAGAUUACCGCCAUGGAACUUGUGGAAUCUGUAAAACAGUCGAUUGUAAUGUUGCAAAUAGCGAAAAAUGCAAUUGUUCCUGCUGAUGAAACUCAUAUAGAAGCUCCUGUAUCUUCAAAGGAAACUGCUCACACAGUGCAAUUUAACACCACUGGUCCUCAAGUCUCUGCUGGCACUGACCUACCAAUAGAAGAUACAGCCGUAGUCAAUAAUGGUCAACAAAGUUCUGUGGAAGCAAUUGUAAAUGGGAUUCAUGAUAUUACUGAAAAAGAUAGCAAUGAAGGUAUUCAGCCACCUUCCAUCGAAAAUCUUACCAUUGACUCAUCACCUUCACCUGCAUCUGGCACACCCGAGGCUGUUGUACAAGAGUUGGGAGCUGCAUCAAUCAGCCAAGAAUUGCCUGAUCUUCUUAGUAAAGAAACAAAGAUACAAGAACGAAGUUUUAAUCAUACCGAUGAAAGACCUGCUGCUAGUAUAUACACAGGUCAUGAUUUUCCAACAAAAUCUUAUUCUAGUAGUGACGAAGAAGAUGAUGAAUUCUAUGAUGCAGAUGAGAGAGUAGGUGAAAGUGACGAGGAAUCUCUAAAUAAACCUCCCAUGCCUAUCAGACAUGAUCGAUCUGAACCUGUGCUACACCAGAGCAAUGAAGAUCUGGUUCAAAAUGAUGUAAAAAACAUAGAAUCAUUGGAUGAUAUUUACAUGCAAGAAGAUGACCAUGCUGCAAAGGACGGGGAAUCAGUGGAAGAACACAAAAGUGUUAUCAUGCAUUUAUUGUCACAAGUUAAGCUGGGAAUGGAUCUCACUAAAGUAGUGUUGCCAACAUUUAUUCUAGAAAGGAGGUCACUUCUAGAGAUGUAUGCAGAUUUUUUUGCCCAUCCUGAUCUUUUUGUUGGUAUUACAGAAGGCCAAACACCGGCUGAUCGAAUGGUACGCUGUUUGCGAUGGUAUAUGAGUUCUUUCCAUGCAGGACGAAAAGGUUCCGUAGCAAAAAAGCCGUACAAUCCAAUAUUAGGUGAAUCAUUUCACUGCUUUUAUAAUUUACCUGAUAUGCCUCCAGAUGAGUAUAAAGUAUCUGAUGGUCCAGUACCUUGGGCACAUCGUAACAAUGUAUCAUUCACUGCUGAGCAGGUUUCUCACCAUCCACCGAUAUCAGGAUUUUAUGCUGAACAUGUGAACAAACGCAUACAGUUUAAUGCCCACAUAUGGACAAAAUCAAAGUUUCUUGGUUUAUCAAUAGGUGUACAUAACUUGGGACAAGGUUGUGUGAGACUUCUUGAAAGGGAAGAAGAAUAUAUAAUGAACUUUCCGAAUGGAUAUGGAAGAUCAAUUCUCACUGUUCCUUGGGUAGAGCUCGGAGGUGAUUGCAACAUAACCUGCGAGCAGACGGGAUAUACUGCUAAUAUUACAUUUCACACAAAACCAUUUUAUGGCGGAAAAGUUCAUAAAAUCUCUGCAGAAGUUUUAGCGCCGAACGAGAAAAAACCAAUCAUCACUAUUGAUGGUGAAUGGAAUGGGAUUAUGUACAUGAAAACUGGUAAAGGCAAAAACGAAUGCUUCAUAGAUACAAAGAAAAUGCCUACAGUUACAAAAGUUGUGAAAAAAAUUGAACAUCAAGAAAACAUGGAGUCUCGUAAACUUUGGAAAGAUGUCACUCACAACUUAAAAACAAAUAAUAUUGAUGAGGCAACUGCCGGCAAAAGAAAAUUAGAAGAAAAACAAAGGCAAGAUGCUAAAUAUAGGCUGGAAAAUAAUAUAAAAUAUGAUACUAUCAAUUUUAAAGAAGAUGAAAGUGGAAACUGGAUUUAUAAAUACCCACUCAUCAAUAGAAUAUAAUUUUACUGCAUGUUGCAGCUGUUUUUAUUGUAUUUCAUACCUUUAUUAUCAAUUUAGUGAUAUUUAUCACUUGUCUAGUGGACUGCAAACAGUCGCUGAAUUCAUUCUAAAGCAAUGGGCUCGAGUCAUUUAAAUUUCAUCCUAUGUGGGAAAAUGAAAAGUGCCAUAGCAAACAAUUUUUAACAUCAGGUCUUUCAGAAUGUAAUCUAUUCACAAAAAUUUAAUUUUUAUAUUAUCAAAAGUAAGGAUAAAUUGGUAAAUAACUGAACAUUGCGAUACUCAUUCUGACAGGAAUUACUAGAAAUGUGCAAAUUUAGGCAUUGAGUGACCACGUUUACCAUAAUGCCUAAUGUUAAAAAUUAUUUGUUUAUGCCUGUUUUUAUAUUUCAACUUGGAAUGGAUUUUAAAUAACCGAGGUCUGUUGAUUGCUUUGUCGCUAACCAUAUUUGACUUUAUUUUUAAUUUUUAAAAUUUUUCCCAAACAUGCAUGUUGAUUCUUUUCUGCCCGCAGCACUACCCAUGGAUGAUAAUUGUAUUUCCGUCUAUGGUUCACAUUUUACCAAUCUUAGCUUGAUAUGAAAAACCCUAAUUGAAAAUAUUUCAAAAUCAAAUCAGAUGGAUAAACAUAGGCUACUAAUGGAUUUUUUGUUGAGAGGUUUGUAAUCUACAAUUCAUUAUCAUUCGGACCUCCUCUUGUCUCUUAUAAUUUCUAAAAUGCCAUGACACAGUGUUAUACUACUGCUGCUGGGGUAGUUUCUGAACAAUGCCAAAGUUCGUCAUCAAGUUGGGAUUGAUGAACUGAUGACCUUCCUAGUGGGUUCACUUGAAGUGGUUUAUGGUGCUGCUGAUUUUCAUUCUGUACAAUGGUGGUUGUACCAAGUACCAACGUGUAGUUCUCUCUGAAUUUUAUGGGAAAUUAUCAGUAAAUUCAAAAGUUGGCAUUGGUGUAAUUCGAAUCGAAAAACAUUACUGUUUUUUUUCUUAUUUUGCUGAUAUACUGCAACAUACAUGGCUUGGUUGAGUAAUUUUGUUAGGAUAUAAUCUCAAAAGUAUUAAUUUCAGUCAAUACCAAUUAAUUUGAUAUAACAUAAUUCAUCAAAAAACUUAUAUUCAACUUUUAAUGCGUAGAGUUAGUUUUAGUAUGUGAUAGAACAUUUUGAUUAAUCACCGAACACUGAAUAAAAUAUAUUCUAAAUAUAACUUAUAAAACUGAAUUAUUCAAACAUAUUAUAGUCUUCAGAUAUGUCUGCAUCUUUUGUGUUUUAUUUUAUUGUGUUAUUGCUUUAUUACGAUUUGACAAAUAUUUUAUAUUGGCCUAUGAGUUAGUUACCUGUUAGUACUGAUCCUUUUUCCAUUGAAUUUAACUUUAAACUUGAUCUAAUAUGUACAUUUAGUUCAAUUGUUGGAAUUCAGCUAUUAUUAGACGACAUAUGUAUAUUUCCAGUAUUGGGUGAACUUAUUCAAAAUAAAUAUUUUCUAUUGCUGAAACUGGAAGCAACGCAGUUUUAUUAGAGCUGUUACUGGUGAAAAUCAUUUUGUCAGUUAUAUGCUCCACCGGACCAAUAUUCACAAGCACUUGUUACAGGGUUUCAUGAUGUGUGAAAUUAUUUCUGGUUAAUUUCCUUCGAUAUGUGGUACAAAAUGAAAAGAUUUAUUAUUAGACCUUAAUGCCUCAACACAUCCUCAUGGUUUCAGAGCUCAUUUAUUGGAUGAGAAUUGUUUUGUUGUGUUAAAUUUCACAACAGGCAUAAACAUAAAAAUGGGAUAACGCCAAUAAUACAUUAAGGCACAGAUAUAUGUGCCAUUUUGUCUCAAGAUUGAUACCGGUAGUUAAACAAACAUUUCAGGCCCAGUCUGACCAAAUUUUAAAGUAUUUUCGAGAUAUUUCGAGAAUUAAUGUCUACCUGGUCGUUUAGUCAAAAUCCUGUGUGAAAAAAUGGAAUGCACAGUGAUAGGGCAGGAUACAUGUUUAAUUUAACUCCUAUGUUAGAAACAUCCAGAAACUUUUGCGAUGAAUAUAUACAUCAAUAUUGUGAAAUUUGAGUACUUAGACAUACCGGUAGUCAUUUUAUGUUGUUAUCUGUCAUGAAAAUGUCUUCAAUGUAUUGUGUUGCCAAGGUGGUAUCUAAUUUUAAUUCAAAAGUAGCAAAAUGUUGUUAGUCCUUUUGUUCCAACAUUGUAUAACUGUCUACUAUGUCACAUGUUGUUAUUCCACUGCACAUAUUUUUGCUAGUUUUAUUGAUAAGUUGGGUAAUAUCAUCACUUUUAACUCUGUUUGGUUUUCUAAAUAUUUAAAUACUUUAUGUAGGGUUUGUGUGUAGCAUAUCGUAAACUCAUUAGAAAGAAUCUAAAAAGUUGACAUCAAUGCAUGAGUUUUAUCACAGUAAUAAUUUAAAUAUGAUCAUAUUUCUUUCGGUAGUUCAAACUUUUGAUAGAAUGAAUUCUAGUUAUCUCCCGUUAUGUAGCAAAUCUAUUUGUUAAACUAAAAUAUUUAAAAUUAUACCAGAUAUGCAUAUAUUGCUGCUUGUCAUGAAAAUUAUCAAAUGGGUUAUAUAUUCAUAAUCGAUUUUGCAAUUGACAGCCUUAAAAAUGUUUUUUUUGCUAUUAUUUGUAGUAUUGUGUCCAUCCAGUAUGUUAUACAUGAGAUUUGUUUAUAAUCUCACAUAGGGUAUAUGUUAGGUAGGUGAAUUUUAUAGAAGUUUCAGUAUAACUCUUUAUUAAAAUUAUUUCAAGUAAAAGUUUUGGUUAGGUAUUAGGCCACUCAUUUUGGCGUGGGGUGCUAUGUCAAUGCCGAAAUGUUAACAUGAUUUCAUUGCCAGCUAUGUUAGGUUUUGAAUUGCAUAUGUUUUAAUAUUUAUGUUGCAAAUAUAUAAAUUCAAACGUA